AUGGCUUCAGCCUCCGCCUUCCGCCGCUCCUCUAUCUCCCCCUUCCGAUCCCGUAAACCCCCUCCCCCGCCUCCCUCCCGCCCCGCCACUCCGUCCUCGCGACAAUCAGCUCCGCCGCCUCCCGCCAAAGCUAAGGAGAAUGUCACUGUCACUGUGCGGUUCCGACCUCUCAGUGCUAGGGAGAUUGGUAAAGGUGAUGAAGUGGCGUGGUAUGCGGAUGGAGAUUACACUGUGCGGAAUGAGUUCAAUUCCGACAUUUCGUAUGGAUUUGACAAAGUAUUUGGUCCUGCAACAACUACUCGCCAGGUGUAUGAUGUUGCAGCACAACAUGUUGUAAAUGGUGCCAUGGAAGGAAUAAAUGGCACUGUAUUCGCGUAUGGUGUUACUAGCAGUGGGAAGACACAUACUAUGCAUGGAGAGCAAAAGUCACCAGGAAUCAUACCUCAGGCUAUUAAGGAUGUCUUUGGAAUUAUACAAGAGACGCCAGGACGAGAGUUUCUUCUCCGAGUUUCAUAUCUUGAGAUAUACAAUGAGGUCAUCAAUGACUUGCUCAAUCCCACUGGACAGAAUCUUAGAAUACGAGAGGACUCUCAGGGCACGUUUGUGGAAGGAAUUAAAGAAGAGGUUGUACUGUCACCUGCCCAUGCUCUUUCUCUAAUAGCAUCUGGUGAAGGUAAUUUGACACAGCAUAGACACGUGGGUUCUAAUAACUUCAACUUACUCAGCAGCAGAAGCCACACCAUAUUCACUUUGACUGUUGAAAGCAACCUGCGUGGGGACAUUGAAGGAGAAGAAGUGACACUGUCACAAUUGCAUUUAAUUGACUUGGCAGGAUCUGAAAGUUCUAAAACAGAGACAACUGGGUUAAGGAGAAAAGAGGGUUCUUACAUAAAUAAAAGCUUACUUACUCUUGGCACUGUUAUAUCCAAAUUAACGGAUGGAAAAUCCACUCAUGUACCUUAUCGAGAUUCAAAACUUACACGGUUGUUGCAGUCAUCUCUUAGUGGCCAUGGCCGAGUCUCACUUAUCUGUACAGUUACUCCAGCCUCUAGCAAUACUGAAGAAACUCAUAACACUCUUAAAUUUGCCCAACGAAGUAAGCAUGUUGAAAUUAAGGCUUCUCAAAACAAGAUUUUGGAUGAGAAGUCUCUCAUCAAAAAGUAUCAGAAAGAAAUAUCCAAACUAAAGCAAGAGCUUCAGCAGUUAAAGAGCGGAAUGACGGAUAAAGAGAAUCAGACAGCACCAAGUCAAGAAGAUUUAGUUAAUCUGAAACUUCAGUUGGAAGAAAGCAAGAUUAAGUUGCAAUCAAGAUUAGAAGAGGAGGAACAAGCCAAAGCUGCUUUGAUGGGAAGGAUACAGAGGUUAACUAAACUAAUUUUGGUUUCCACAAAAACUACUAUCCAACCAAAUAGUGUUGAAAAGACCAGCCACUGGCGAAGGCAUUCGUUUGCAGAAGAUGAGCUAGCAUACUUGCCUGACAGAAAGCGAGAGAGCAUUAACGAUGAUGCUGGAAGUAUUGAUUCUGAAAUUUCGAAUGUUGGCAGGAGCGACAAUGCGAACAUUGAUGAUUUAGUCCGAGAUUACAGAAAGAACAGAAGGAGGGGGAUGCUUGACUGGUUCAAAGUGAAAAAGCCCGAGAAUGUGUUUGGGACAUCGCUAAAUACUGGUCGUGAGAGUUCUGCAAGUGGUUCACCUGCUUCCUCAUCAAAAUCAUCACAAACCAGAGUUAUGUUUAGUGAUCUAAAAGAUGCACAAAGGAGAUCAAUCAGUAGAAAAGUAGAAGAUGCUGCUCGGGCUGGCUCAUUUCCUGAUAGGACUCAAGCAGGUGAUCUGUUCAGUGCAGCUAUAGGUGUGCAACGUCUCCCACCGACUGGGAGCACCAUUACAGACCAAAUGGACCUUUUCCAUGAGCAGAUAGAGAUGUUAGCUGGAGAGGUUGCGUUUUCUACCAGUUCUCUGAAAAGAUUAUCAGAGCAAGCAGCUAAGAGUCCUGGAGAUUCGUAUCUACUGGAAAACAUGAAAAAACUGAAGGAUGAAAUAAGAGAAAAGAAGCGCCAAAUAAGAGUUCUUGAGCAACGUGUGAUUGAUUCAGUGGAGACAUCUCCAUAUGGUUCAAGCAAUCUUGCGACGGCUCAGGAUUUGCCUAGGCUUGCAACUCAAUUACAUGAGAAGACUUUUGAACUUGAGACAAUGGAGGCUACUGAAAUGCAAGAAACCAUCUCUCUCUUGAGUCAGCAGCCUGAUUCCUUGAUGUCAAAUAAAGAUUCAAGUGGAGAUAGCAGCACCACUAGGGAGAACAGCUAUGGGGAUUCCUUCGAUAUGAAAAAUGGAAGGGGGUAUGAUCUCAACUCUUGUGACGAAACAUCCUUGGACAAAAAUACACCAACUAGUUUUGGAAGUUUAAAUAGAUCUAUAUUCAACCAUGGGAAUGAUAAGGAGUGCAUUUGUGGUGCCUUUACAAAGUCUCAGCUUCUUGCACAGGCUGCUGAGAUAGAGUCGUUGAAACAAGACAAGGCAAGACUUGUUGAAGAUAAGGAUGGUUUAGAAAUUCACUGUCAAAAGCAGACCGAGGAAGCUUCUUAUGCGAAAGAGCUUGCAGCUGCAGCAGCAGUUGAACUCCGAAACUUAGCAGAGGAGGUAACAAAGCUUUCCUACCAAAACGCCAAACUCACUGCAGAUCUGGCUGCUGCUACAGAUACCCGCUCUAAAUCAAACUUCUGCCAAAAGUAUGCUCCAGUUGAUAUGAAGCAAAACGUGGUGAGUGGUAGCCAUUCUGAUACACGCUUGAGAAAACAGCAGGAUGGAUUAUCAAUGGAAGAACUUGAGCAGGAGUUGAGUGCAAGACACCAAAGAGAGGCCUCUUUGGUUGCUGCAUUAUCUGAAAGAGAUAAAGUCGAAGCUGAUCUGCGAAAGAGACUUGAUGAAGCAAAGAGGCAUGAAGAGAAACUAGAAAAUGAGCUUGCAAACAUGUGGGUUUUGGUUGCAAAUAUACGCAAGUCUACUGCUGGUUCUGAUGAAACCAGACAAUUGAAUGGAAUUCUUCCAUUUCCUGAUGGCCAAACUCUGACCAAAUUCCAUGAGAAUGAGGAAAGUGAAACUGCUGAAGAUGCAUGCUCGUUUGAUGAGCUGAAAGUGCGCUAUCAAUCUGAAAGAAGGAAGUUCAAACACCUCGAUGGUUUGAAUAUGAGAUAAAGGGCUCAGAGUCUCAGACUAUCUUUCGUAGGACUUCCUCAACAUAGUUCCUCGGAUUUAGGUGUUCAUGUCUGAUGAGGGAUUGACUCACUUAUUUAUUGCUCAGUGCAAGAAGCCUGGACUUAUUUGUUCACCUAACUUCAAAUUCCACAGAAAUCAGGUAAGAACGUGUAAAUAUGUAUUGGUAGACCACUGUUAGUAAUUUGUAAUUGCCAAUCUUCCUAUGUGAAAUAGUGAAUACUGUAAGACAUGGAGUGACCAUUGUUAGUUAUUUCAAAGAUA